AUGACGUCUGCAACAUACAAACUGCUUCGCUUCGUAUGUCUCAUCAGUCUAAUCCAAGGUAUAAUGAUGAAACGAGGUAUUCCGGCUGUUAGUUCUGGAGCAGGACCGUUCGGUGUCAUAGCCGGGCUGGAACCGUUUUACCCACCGCAAUAUCUGCGGGAUGUGACCGAUGAGGCUAAAAGUGAAUAUUUUGAUCUUCUAAGAAAUACUAGCAGAACAAUCGCUCAGUACAGGGAGGAAAUGCUGCAUUGGGCGAGAAAAUAUUUGCUUGAGGACAGAUUGGCCGAGUUUCUUAAGAACGAGGAAAGAGCAAAGGAGAAUCUAAAAGAAAACAUGUACGAGUUACUAACAGAAUUACCGGGCGUUUACGAGGAAUUCAACGCGAUCGUCGAUAACGAGGAGCAAACGCGACUGGAAAGACGCCAAUCCUUAACUGGUUUGAGAAAAGGGUAUUCAGAGGCAUUUGUAGUGCUAAAAUUUGCCGUUAAUCUUAUCUCUACCGCUGGAUAUAGACGUCGUAAGACUAACAUACCACCGGAAACCGACUUGCAAAGACGUGAGCAAGGGAAAUUGGUGCAAAAACGUCUGAAAGUUGGUAGAACGUCACGGAGACCCGAAGGAAAUGGUCGUUCCGAAAAAAUCCCUAGUGGAAGUAUUAUAGAGCAAGGAAUCGAUCCGCUCGAGAGUAGCCUCCGAAAACAUCAUUUCUUGGCAUAG